AUGACACUGAGCAUAUCCGAGUACCCCACGGACGACUCCGACGACCAGGGUAAUGGGGGACUACCGAACAGCAGAGAUGGAGAAGCAGGGCCCUCGACAGGCGUCAGGCCCCCAAGCCGUCCGGAAGCCGAAGAGGAACGUCAACAGCCUCCCGAAGAGGUUCAGUCGUCGGGCUCGGACGAUGACGACGGAAUCGUACCUUGGGAGUACGUUACCGGCGAAAGCAGAGCGUGGAUUCUCUCCGUCGAGGGCAGCUAUGGCUCCGACUUCCGAUGGUGCCGGAUGCAGCCGCCCUCGCAAGAGUCGCACUGCCAGGCCAUGUGCCACUCCUCGCCGUUCAAGAAAGGCAUAUUCUACGACCCGGCCGGCCCCCCCCUGCGGCCGACCUAUCUCGGCCACACCCCCACCUCCACCGUCGUCGUGUCCGGCAACCCGGAGUGGUUCGCCCUGCCCUUCUUCCACCGCCACGGCCGCUCCUUCUUCCACCUGAUCGAGCCGCACUGCCCCUUCGACCCGCGGGGCCUAGUCUCCAACCACCACCACCACCACCGCGAGGUCCGAAACACACCACAGCACCACUCCGACACGCUAAACGCCCUGGUGGCAGCCAUGAUCUACCUCUGCGGGCAGGUGCGGCUCGGCGACCGGCAGUGCGUGCGGUGCCGGCGGCGGCGCAUCACGACGACGAUUCCGGGCGAGGCGAUCCCGGUGUGCGCGACCGCGGGGCGGUAUUUCCACGGCGUGUGCGCCAACUGCCUGGCCGCGGGCGGCACGCUCGCCGAGAUGCUGGACCGCUGCAGCGUGUCCGGCCGGCUGAGCCCCGAGGAAUACCGGCGGCUGAGUCGGGGGCUGGGCGAGCCGGGCUGGGUGGGGCGCUCGCCGUUUAUUGGGGACGAUGCUGGUGAUCUGGCGUUUGCGAGGAAUCUGUUGUGGAGGAAAGCGCUGCCUCCUCCUGCGCCUCGCAGAAGUCCGGGGACGGCAGCAGGCGGUAGUAGCAGCAGCCAGAACGCCACGGCGGUGGGGGGCCGGGAGAAUGUCAUUGCCAGUAGCCUGAACCCGGAAGCAGCCAGGAGACCGAACGUUGCCAUGGAUCGCAACCGGGAUACGGCAACAACCAGCAGCCCGAGCAUGACAGUAUCAGAAUAUGGCAGCAGCCAGCAGCCCAACGGCAGCAGCCAGGAACAUGGGUACAGCAACAACCAGUAACCGAAACACUGCAGAGGCCGUCAGUCAGAACACGGCAACGCCUGGUAACCGAACCACGGCAAGAGCCAGCAGGUCAAGCGAGACGGGACAGCGUGAAUGGCGUUAAUCAACAAGCGAGAU